GAAGAAGACAAUAGUUCACAAUAUCCGCCGCUACGUUAGAAUUAACCUAAAAAUUUGAAUAGUAUUUGUGUUUAUAUUCUAUUUAGUUAUAUUGUAAUCGUUGGAGAUGGCUUCGUCUGGUGAUAAGUCCAAGAAUUCCCAGUCUGAUAACAAAGAGAAGAAACGCAAGGAAUCGAUUUUAGACUUAUCCAAGUAUUUGGAGAAAAACAUCCGUGUUAAAUUUGCUGGAGGAAGGGAAGCUGCUGGAAUCUUGAAAGGCUAUGAUCCACUUCUGAAUCUAGUAUUGGACAACACUACUGAGUACUUGAGAGACCCUGAUGACCCAUACAAAUUAGUAGAAGACACCAGACCUUUAGGUUUAGUUGUUUGCAGAGGCACAAGUGUUGUCCUAAUUUGUCCAGUUGAUGGUAUGGAGUCCAUACAGAAUCCUUUCAUAUCUCAAGAAUAAUUAGUUUACACUCUUUACUACUUUUGUUUUAAAAUAAAUAUUUUUUUCUUACAUUA